AUGACCGCCGCUAUACCUGCACCGAGAAGUCGGCAAAUGCGGGCAUGUCUGCUCUGUUCUGUUAUUCAGACAUCUGCCGAUUUUCGUAAAGACGGUUGUCCCAACUGUGAUUCGAUUCUCCAGCUGCGAGACAAUCCCGAACGCAUCCAGAGCUGCACUACGCAGUACUUCGACGGCAUUAUAGCAGUGACCGACCCUGAGAAGAGCUGGGUAGCUAGGUGGCAACGAACAUCAAAAUUUGUCCGUGGGAUGUAUGCAGCGCGAGUCAAAGGUCGAAUAUCAGAAGACAUAGAAGCCGAGUUGGAAGCGGCGGGAAUCAAGUAUCGACCUCGAGAUCAGACAGAGCAGGACUGAAACAUUAUACAGGUUCAUAUUAUUAUGUGGUGGCGUACAUACGUUUGUAAAAUUAUUAUGUGUAAAACGCUCACGUCUAAAGGGUUGAUGGCAGAAAUACAAGGCACAAUACAUGUGAACAUCAGUC